AUGGUGUAUAUCUCGUCUCUGCUUUCGGACGGAGCAUUCGAUCCGCGGUAUCAUAAGACCUUCAAGACGACUUCCAUUCCCGAGCAUAUCAAGCAAAGGAUCCGGCGCCGCUGUGUCAAACGUUCGUCUGUCAGGUUGCACCGAGAGUAUGUCCCAUCUUUCUUUAAUCUUGAUCCAAUCCAUUCACAGCUGACUUCCGAAUUUAUUGACAUCUCAUUAUCUAGUUCCGAGGAUCCACCCCCUCCCUUGACCGAAAUCCUUUUCGCGAAACGUCCUUAUCUCAAGGACGAACUCGAGGAACAUGGGAAGUGCGACGGUCUUGGGCCUUCCUCCGUUACCGAAACUCUCGAACCAGCAUCAGGAGGAGAUCCCCUCAUUCCUUCUCAUGACCGACUGGCACUUGAACGCUUGACAUUCUGUGCACGAGGUCUAUUGUAUCAAUUGAAGAAUCCCAAAGUUAUCUUCCCGAGAAGAAAGGCCGAACUGCGAGGACGACGAGUUACCGAUUCCAUCGCGAGUAGAAUGGAAGAGGACUUUGUUAGAGGUCUUGGUAUUGCAGAGCCGAUAGAACCAUUGACAAAAGAAGAAUUGUUUCAAUUAAUGAUUGAAGCCUUGUGGAUUUGGUUGCAAGAUGCUCGCUGUAAGAUGAAAACACGGUGA